CUUCAGAACACUAAAACAUGGACACCAAGCAGUUUGUGUGUGUGCUUCUACUCCUGCAGUUCACUCUCUGUGUCGCGUAUGACGGGUCUGGGUACUGGCCCUACACAGAUGAUGAGGAUGUACGACAUACAGGUGUGCCGUGGUGUGCUCCAGCUAAAGUGAAGCACGGUCAUGUAAGGUGCCAGACACCACGCGGUGAGCGUUAUAAGAACGUGCUGGGAAGCCGCUGUAAGAUCCACUGUGAGAGAGGCUACGAGCUGGAGGGCAGCAAUGAGAUCGUCUGCAUGGUCACCAAGCAGUGGUCAGGAAAAUAUACCUGCAGAGAGGUUCGCUGCCCAAAGCUGGAAAUGCCCAUUAACGGUGGAUACAAGUGUUCCGAUGGCUCCUACUUCAACUCCCGUUGCCAGUUUUUCUGCUCGCCCGGAUACACACUCCGCGGAGACCGCAGUGUCACCUGCCAAAGCAGCAAGUCAUGGAGCGGUGGCCAGAGUGUGUGCGUGGACGUGGAUCCUCCAGUCAUUAAAUGUCCAAAUGUGAAGGAAAAGAUGGCUGAGCCCGGACAACUGACUGCAAAAGUCACCUGGGAGACACCAGAGGGUGAAGACACAGCAGAAGGCAUACUCACAGAUGUGGUUCUAAAAGGAAAACCACCAGGUACUUAUUUUACAGAGGGAAAUCAUAAACAAUCAUACACUGUUUUCGAUCGGGCUGGGAACAAGGCUACCUGUAAAUUCAACAUUAAAGUAAGAGUCCGGCGCUGCACACCACUUUCAGUUCCUGAAAAUGGCUGGAUGAAGUGUGACAGUGCAGGUGAUAACUACGGGGCAACAUGUGAAUUUCGCUGCCUGGGGGGCUAUGAGCUAAGAGGCAGCGCUGCCCGAGUUUGUCAGUUCAACAUGGAGUGGUCUGGCCUUGAAACGAGCUGUGCACCUAUGAACAUUAAUGUUGGAGUUCGUUCUGCUGCUGAACUGUUGGACCAGUUCUACGAGAAACGUCGCCUUCUUGUAAUCUCCACUCCCACAGCUGCCAAUCACUACUAUCGAUUCCUAAUGACUAAUUUGCAGCCUGCACAGUGCGGACUGGACUUAAGACAUGUGACUGUGAUUGAACUAGUAGGAACGUAUCCAGCUCAAAUCGGUCGCAUCAGAUAUCGAAUGCUCUCUCCAGGACUGGUCCUCCAACUCAGAAUGCUGCUGCAAUUGCCUCAGAACUCAUUUAAUCUGGUUCUGGUAGACAAGCACGGAGUGGACAAGCAGCGUUACACAUAUCCAGUCACAGCAGCAGAGAUCUUCAGCAUCAUUGACACCUUCCCUCUGCGUACUGAAGAGGCCCUUUUGCAGAAAGAGGCAGGACAUAGCUGCUAGAUUCACCAUUUACAGUUAGACAACUUGCUGUUUCAGCCUGGAUUUAAACCUAGUUGAUCUGCAGGGAGAUGCAGGACUGAGCUGCUACACACACACAAACACCAAUGCAUGAGUGAGUUUCAUUUGUAUCUGUAUGUAAUUUUUUUAUCUGUAUGUAAUUUUGUAUCUGUAUGUAAUUUUUUGCUAUAUAUUGUGUAUCCUGAGUCUAUAUUUAUGUUAAUUCUGGUGGUUCAAUGUAAAUUGCUUUACUGAUUUAUUCAUGGAUUAAGAAAUAACCAAGCUAAACUUUCUGAAAUGUCAUCUAUUUUAAGCACCACUCAUUUAUCUUCAGUAGCAGCUUCAUCUUAAUCCAAACUCUAUCCUGAAAAUAUAAUACACCCUGAACAUGUCACUGAUCAAUUAUCCACCUGACCAGCUUUAACUGAUUAGCCAAGGGCCACAGGUUUUUCCUCAAGAAACUGGGAAAAAGCGUCUCAGAAUACAAUAGCUGACAACAGCAGAAGACCAUAUCGAAAUUUAUUUUUGACUGCGAAGAACAGAAAUCAGAAGCUACAUUGGGACAACUUUUACCAAAACUGGACUGGUAAAAAGUCAAAAAAACAUUACGUGAUCUGAUAUAUCUGCUAAAACACUCAUGCAAAAUGGCACAGACAGAAUUUGAUGUCAACAGAAGGAGCUCAUUAACCCAACUCGCCUUGUAUCAACAGUUCAGUGCUGACCAUGUGCAUUCAUUUAUGGCCUUAAUUUGUAUUCUUAUAAUGUAAAUGAUCAGAAUGAUAAUGCACCAUGUGACAAAAUGCAAUCAUUUCAAAAAGGUUCAUGUACAUGAAAAUCUUAAAAGAAUGUUUCCAACAUGUGAAAUCCAUGCUGCCUGUUGUUGGGCUCCUCUCAGUAUUGUUAUAUUGUUUAUUAUAUAUUAUAUAAAAUUACCAGUAUUUGCAAAAACUAAAGCCAUAAAACUGAGACCGUUCCAACUUGUUUGCAAAAAUAAAACCCCUUAAUAUUCUCUAAAAUAAGUUUAAUCCGACAGAACUGUUUUGUUAACAUUAUUCUUUAUUUUACUUUGAACAGAACAAAAUACUUACUUUAUUUAAUUUUAUUUUUACUGUCCGUUCACCUGGAAUCACUGUGCAAUGCAUUUAUACAUCCUGGACUGGACUCUAAUCCAUUGCAGGGUCUCGGUCAUUCCCGCCUUCCCAGACAUAGCCAAUCAUGUCUGUGUGUAGACGCCAAACUAGCCAAUAGCACCACUGGGACUUAAACUCUCGAUCCCAGAGGUAUUGGGCCAGAGCGAAUCGGUCUGCGAUACCCACUACACCUGCCAGCAGAGGGUGCUCAGGAUAACUAACAGUAGUUCAAAAUAAAGCUCAGGUCCCAUCGCUAAUGCACUGCAGGUAAAUUCAACAUUACAUAAGCCGGAUGUAAAUGAAAUUACAUUAUACUGUAGUAAUUUAAGUAAUAAAAUAAAUAAAGUUUAUAAAUAAAUAAAAGUUUAAUAAUUCCGACUGAAUUACAAAGGCUUCCCCAUGUUUGAUCGCGGUUAUUUGUAGCGACUGUCAGGUUAUUUAAUUUCGCCGGCAAUCGAUUCACGAACCGAAUCGGUUCUUGUUCAACUUGUUCAGAUUUAAUGACACUCAGCACUAGGGUUGCCAACCGUCCCGUAAAAUAUAGAAUCGUUCCUCAUUGGAAACUAAACGUGGUGUUCCGUAUUGAACUGAUAUAAGACGUGCUUUGUUCCGUACGAUGUGUAUGAAACAGAAGGAAACUGCUGCUACCAUGGGAAUUAGAAAAGGUUUGGUUAUUAUUUUAAGUAUUGUUCACUUUUUUUACUCCACUGUUUGAGUAGCGCAGUGGGCAGAGCGCAUCGUGCAUAUUUUUCCGCCCUAGGUUCGAAUCCGGCUUAGGGCGAAACUAAAGUAACACAAGCAGGGCCGGCACUAUGGGGGAAGAUGUAAAAAUGCUGUUUGCACUAUUGAGAAAAGAUGUUACAUGUUCUUUAUGCAUGUUGUUUUGCCUAAAAUAUGGUUCUGAUUCAUUAUUAUAAAGAAUGAAAAUACUAAAUGUUAAAC